AUGAGGACGAGUGUGUGCAGUGUACCGGCGGUCCCCUGCUGCCGUCCCACACACACUGUACGGCGUUUAACAUCCCCCCUGCUUCUCCUCCUCCUACUCUUCCUCCUGCUCCUGAGCAGCGGCAGCGGCGGCAGCAGCAGCAUCGGGGCCGCCCCUUCCCCGUUCCAGCUGGCCCCGGACACCCCGGCCCCGGCUGAGCCCACCCCGACCCGGGCCACACCUCGCCCGGACCCCUGCGAAGGCCGACCCUGCCUCAACGGGGGCUUCUGCCUGGCCCUCCACUCCGCUGGCAGGCCAGAGGACACCUGGGAGUACACCUGUACAUGCAGCCAGGGCUUCACGGGACGCAACUGUGAGUUUUUCACAGACCCGUGUGCCAGCAGCCCCUGUCUCCAUGGAAACUGCAGCCGGAGCGACAGUGGGGAGGAGGGGGAGCCGGCCUACACCUGUGACUGCACUGAAGGCUACGAGGGGGAGAGGUGUGAUCAAGUCCUAUUGGAGCUGCCGGCCGCCGACUGGGACCCCGCCACCCCUUCAGCUCCUGAACUGGCUACCCCCGUUGCCUCCACCACCGCAGCCGCCACUCAGCCACCACAGCCAACCACUGUCCCCUCCACCACAACGCCGGCACCUCCCACCCUGCAGCCAUGGCAACCCAAACCGGGGCAGAGGCUGCUGGUGGUGCCGUGGGAGGCAGACAGGGUGACGGAGGGCCUGCACUGUGUGAGUCCGGAGCUGUGUGAGCUGACAUCAGGAACUCUGACUCUCUCUCUGGAGGUGCCUGAAGAGACAGCUGUAAAGGUGUUGGUGAAUGUCAGUGGAGCUCCAGUGCUUUGGUGUUUGAAUGAAGAGGGUUUCCUUCAUUCGUCCAUUUUGAACGGAACUACGGUGUGGUUCUUGCAGGCCUCUGAUGGACUGGUGGUGCCAGACCACUUGCUGCCCCUGGGACAGAACUACUUCCUCAGUGUGUUGCGUGUGGGCGCCCCCACGGCCCCAGAGGUCACCCUGCGUCUCAACCUGACGGUGAAGGCCAGCAGCUGUGUGGAGCCCGGCAGCAGCUUCAGUGACCCUCAGUGCUCCGGGAAAGGCAAAUGUAUCACGCAGCCCUCUGAGAGCACUUUUUUCUGCGAGUGUGGGGACGGCUACACUGGAAUCUUCUGCGAGGAAUUUGACGCCUGCCACCAUCGACCUUGCCGCAACAACGGCACCUGCACUGACGUUAGACAGGGGGGUGAAGGACGCAACUUCACAUGCAGUUGCCCCCCAGGUUAUGAGGGGGAACGCUGCCAGUUGCUGGUUGACCACUGCCUCUCUCAGCCCUGCAAAAAUGGAGCCACUUGUUUCAGUAGCCUGGCAGGGCCCGGGUGCUACUGUCCUGAAGGCUACCAGGGUGCUGCAUGUGAGCAGAAGGUGGACCCGUGCGCCUCCAGCCCCUGUCACAAUAACGGGACAUGCUACGCCCAGGGCCCUGGGCCCCUGGGGUUCGGCUGCAGCUGCACAGCAGGCUUCACCGGCCCUACAUGUGCCCAGCUGGUGGACUUCUGUGCCCUGAACCCCUGCGCCCAUGGGGUCUGCCGCAGCAUAGGCAACAGCUACAGGUGUCUGUGUGUCCCAGGCUACCAUGGCUUGUACUGUGAGGAGGAGUACAAUGAGUGUCUGUCUGCCCCCUGCCAGAACUACGCCACCUGCAGGGACCUCAUCAAUGCCUACGAGUGUGUCUGCACACCCCAGUUUGAAGGCAGACACUGUGAAAUCUACAAGGAUCCGUGUCUGAAGAUGCGUUGCCAGAAUGGAGGCCGCUGUGAGAGUGCAGGGCUCAACGCUUCCUGUGCCUGCCUACCUGGAUACCUGGGGGAGAAGUGCGAGGUCGACAUCAACGAGUGCGAGAGCAGCCCUUGCCACCAUGGAGGCACCUGCAUUGACCAAUCAAACGGCUUCACCUGUCACUGUCCACCUGGGUGGGUGGGGCCCAGCUGUGAGAUCCACCUGCAGUGGAAGCCGGCGCACACUGAGGACUCCCUGACCAACAUGCCGCGCCACUCCCUCUACAUCAUCAUCGGGGCGCUGUGCGUGGCCUUCGUCCUCAUGCUCAUCAUCCUCAUCGUGGGCAUCUGCCGCAUCAGCCGCAUCGAGUACCAGGGCUCGUCACGCCACGCCUACCAGGAGUUCUACAACUGCCGCAGCAUCGACAGCGAGUUUAGCAACGCCAUUGCCUCCAUCCGCCACGCCAGAUUUGGCAAGAAGUCCAGGCCUGCCAUGUACGAUGCCACUCCCAUCGCCUAUGAAGACUACAGUCCUGACGACAAGCCUUUGGUUACCCUCAUCAAGACAAAGGAUUUGUAAAACACGUCCAUCACAAGCUGCACACACACAACUGCAUAUGUACACAUGUGCAUACGCACUCAUGCAUAGAGAAAGUCAGUAUAAAUCUUUAAGUAUUUCUUAAGAAAAAAAAAAACAAAACAAGCAAAACAAAACUGAAUGUAAAGUGGAGGGGAAAAAAUCCAAAACAUACUCUGUAGUUUAAAAAGAACAAAUAUGGAAUUUGAUACAUAUAUUUUCCUGUCAAAGUCCACGAUAAGGCUUUAUUGUAGCAUAAGAGCAUACUUUGCAUACUUAAGUUAUUAAUGAUGGGCAACACUACCAGUAACCUCUGUCUCUAGGUGGGGCCCAGCAACCUAGGAGCCCCAAUUUCUAAGUGUAAACUCUGACAGUGCUGACAACAGUUCUUACAGGUGUUGUAGAAAUAGGUGCACUCCUCUUGGUGCAUACACUGUAACUUUUUCUAUUACUAAAAAAAAAAAUUCUGCAGUAGGUUGCCUUACUUCGUGCAUGGUUAGAGUUGAUGUUCUCUCUGCAUUAUUUUAAAAUCUUUUGUAAUUGGUUGUUGGAUGUUUUUUGUUUUUGUUUUCAUUGCGUUGUAUUUCACUCCGUCAAGAUUGUGCCAAAUAUUUUCUUUGGGUAAUUUGUGGUCGGUAGAUCAAAUACAUGUAUAAAAUACUAGUCAGAGUAUUUUCUUUUUAAAAUACAUAUCGUCCUGUUCUUUACAUGCAAGUGUACGAAUAGUGAAGAAAGUGGGUUAACUGGAGUACUGUGACCCUACCAUCCUACUGUAUGUAUUUCAGUGAUAUUUAGGAUAAUAGGUAGGUAUAUUUCUCAAUGCACAGAAACAUCGUUGGUUUUACUCAGUGUACCUGUUUAGCCCAGUGUACAAAUUCACCUCUAGUAUUGACAGUGUCGAAUAGUUUCUGGAUGACAGUUUCUUUGCUAGAGGGGCCUCUUACUGGCUUUAGGGU